UGAGAAUAACACAAGCAACAAAAAUAGCGAAAGAAAACAAGAUGACUUCGCCCGGACCCGAAACGGACACCAAUAGUAGUAAAAAAAAAAGGACCCACUUAUGCCGGGAACUCGGGAGCUGAGGCCAGCAAAUUUGGCGGCAAAAGCUUCAAAAUCCACGCUCUCCUCCGCCUAGGGUUUUUCUCUUCCCUGAAAAUUACUCGUCAUUUCCUCGUGCUGGAAUUCCCCAAAAUUUGCUCAAUCUUCGCUUGGGGCUAGCUCCGACUGCGCCACGCCAACAAUUGAACAGUUUGCAGGCGCGAGAAUCACACGCGCACGCUCGUACCUCCAUGUAAUUGGGGUUUUGCCGCCGCUCCCGACGAUUACGGUCAUGGAAGUCGGAACCCAGAAGUCGCCGGUCAUCAGGCCGAUAAACAAAUGCGUUGUCCACCGAAUCUGUGCCGGACAAGUGAUAUUAGACCUCUCCUCCGCUGUGAAGGAGCUCGUCGAGAACAGCCUCGAUGCCGGCGCCACCAGCGUCGAGAUUGCGCUGAAGGAGUAUGGCCUCGAGUCCUUUCAAGUCAUCGACAACGGCGCCGGCAUCUCCUCCCAGAAUUUCAAAGUUCUGGCACUAAAGCACCAUACAUCCAAGCUCUUGGAUUUUCCAGACCUCCAAUCAUUAACGACUUUCGGAUUUAGAGGGGAGGCAUUGAGUUCACUUUGUUCAUUAGGGGAGUUGACUGUGGAGACACGGACAAUUGAUGAUGUUGUUGCAACACACCUGACAUUUAAUCACAUGGGUGUUAUGACAGCUGAGAGGAAAACUGCACGUCAAGUAGGUACAACGGUUACUGUCAAGAAUUUGUUUUCCAGUCUUCCUGUGAGGAGCAAAGAAUUCCGUAGAAAUAUUCGGAAGGAAUAUGGAAAAUUAAUCAGCUUGUUAAACGCCUAUGCUGUAAUUGCUAAAGGAGUUAGAAUAGUUUGCACCAAUACCACUGGAAAAAAUUCAAGGUCUGUAGUGCUGAAGACCCAGGGCAAUGGGUCCCUUAAAGAGAAUAUCAUUAUGGUGUUUGGCUCAAGUACUUUUUCUUGUUUAGAGCCUCUGACACUUAACAUAUCAGAUAGUUGCAUGGUUGAUGGGUUUGUAUCCAGGCCCGGAUAUGGAAGUGGGCGGAAUUUAGGGGAUCGGCAAUUCUUCUUUGUUAAUGGUCGUCCAGUUGAUAUGCCCAAAGUUGGCAAGCUUGUUAACGAGUUAUAUAGAGGUGCUAAUUCUAGACAAUAUCCAAUUGUCAUUAUGAACUUUUCUGUGCCCACUCGAGCAUAUGAUGUAAAUGUUACUCCCGAUAAAAGGAAAAUAUUUUUCUCUGAUGAAACUUCCAUAUUGAAAUCCUUAAGAGAAGCUUUGGGGAAGUUUUAUUCUUCAGAUGAGGCAAGUUAUUCAGUUAACAGAGUGGACGAACUUAAUGAGAGCGACCAUGGAUAUGUCACGCCUUCAAAGCAAUUAUUGCCUGACAGCAGUGUGGUUCCUGAGGAAAUAGAAGAUGAAUUAUACACAAAAAGUGGCGGUAUCCCACCCACAGUUACAGAUAACCUAAGAGAAUUGUCCAGCGAGGAGAUGAAACAGACUAGUGGAGGGAUACCACCCAGAGUACAUGGUCAUGAGAAGAGCAACUUUUCUGUAACACCUGAUAAGCAAAUUAUGGAUUCUGUAGCUGACAAAAUAGAUAAACAUACUUAUCUACAGUCUACAUCGACCAAGAAAGGUAGUCCUUGCUGUGAAAAGUUACUUGGGCGCUCAAGCACUGUACAGAUGUCACUCAACAAAUUUGUAACUGUAAAUAAGAGGAAGCAUGAAAGUGUUGAAACUGCGCUAUCUGAAAUCCCACUGCUUAGAAGUGAACCUAGUGCAGCUAGACUAAGAUUGGGCAGCUCUUUGAAGCGCACUCCAUCUCCAAGCUCUCCAGGAAAUUUCAUUGAAAUAGAUGACUACAAUAAUAUCAAUGAGACUCUCCCGGUCAAAAUUUCAAGUACCGAUAGCGUCUUUCAUGAAUCAGAUAAGAGUGUUCUACUUCCUUGUGGGGACAGAAACCUAAGUGUCGGCAGGAAUGAUGGUGAUACAAGCGUUCUGUUAGUUUGUUCAGAGAAGAAGCAAAAUAGAGCUAAUGAGGAGCAGAGAGCUCAAGUGAGUGUUCUGGAUGAUGAUUCUGUACCAACAACUGCUUCAGUUAGUGCAAAUUCUCAAUGUAUACCUCUUGACCUUCCAGAUGCCGACACUCCAUUACAAUCUUUAGGUCCAUCAACGAAUGCUCCAGUGGUUUGCUCUGGUUCAAAGGUCGGUUUCACAUUGCAGUUUAGCUUUGAUGAUUUGAUGUCGAGGAGGAAGAAGAGGCUGUCAAGACUCAAAUAUAUCAGCCAUACAUCUGGAAGUAUAAAGUCACUAGGGGGUUUUGAUGCAGCUUCACUCGAGCUUGCCGAAGGAGUAACUGAGGAGGGCAAGGCCAAAGCCUUAGCUGCUGCUACCAAUGAGCUGGAAAGACUAUUUAAGAAAGAAGACUUUAAACACAUGAAGGUGAUUGGACAAUUUAACCUCGGGUUUAUUAUUGGAAAAAUAGAUCAGGACCUUUUCAUUGUGGAUCAGCAUGCUGCAGAUGAAAAAUACAACUAUGAGCGUCUGUCACAAACAACCGUUUUGAACCAACAACCUUUACUCCGGCCAUUAAGAAUGGAGUUAGCUCCUGAAGAAGAGAUAGUCAUCUCCAUGUACAUGGAUAUCUUCAGGAAAAAUGGCUUCUCAUUGGAGGAAGAUGAUCAGGCUCCUUGUGGACAUCGUUUUGUACUAAAAGCGGUUCCUUUCAGCAAAAAUAUAACUUUUGGGGUUGCAGAUAUCAAGGAUCUUAUUUCGAUUCUGUCGGACAGUGAUGGAGAAUGCGUGAUGAUUGGGAGUUACCGAUCAGACAGCAGUGAUUCAGUUUGCCCCCCCAGAUUACGUGCGAUGCUAGCUUCACGUGCUUGCAGGUCGUCUGUUAUGAUCGGAGAUUCAUUGGGGAGGAACGACAUGUACAAGAUCUUACAACAUCUGGCGACCCUCAAAUCUCCUUGGAACUGUCCACACGGCAGACCAACAAUGCGUCACUUGGUCGACUUGACAACUCUGCAUAGAAACACAGACGACGAAGAGAUGGAGCUGUGACGUACGACGUAGAAGCACAGACGACGAAGAGAUGGAGCUGUGGAGUCCGACAUUUAAAUUACUACACUUCUUCCCCAUUUUGUCACUGUUUGUAAAUUAAGAAAUUAUGUUGUUCCAACAUAUAGUAUUGGAGGAGGAAAAUUUUAAUUUCAGAAAAGUUAAAGCAUGAAAGCAAUAGAAGAAGUGUUGGCAAGGUGUGAUAGUAUUGUCUAUGUUAGCUGAUGAAGAAAACAACAUUUGGGGUUGGGAUACUACUACAUUUAGAUGGACAAAACAAAAGGGUGCUUCCUUUUCCCGUUGCCUAAAUUUUAGUCAUCAAUUGGGUGAUUCAAUUA